UGCCUUUGUUGGAUUAUCAACUACGUCAGGAUCUGCCCUCGUUGGCGAAUCGUUUGACAUCAAACGCACAGACCGAAUGGGAUGGGGGGGGGACUGGUGUCAUGGGGUCACAAUGAUUGCUGCGAUUUAUGCAACAUUGUCGAUCAGGGUAUGCACGGACGAUCAUGGAUUUUCGUUGGGCAAAGGGUCCAGAAUAUAGAUAACAGUGGCGUGGUUGAUACGUCUAGACUUGGGAUUCGAACCUCUAUACAGAUGAUGAACCAUUAUCAUCAUCAUCAUCGGCUCCAACCCUCAAAUCGGUACUCUCUCCGCAAAAAACUUGUACGAACGACGUGACUCAUCGUCAUAAUAGAAUGGCCGCAUCGGUCAUUAAGAUAACGUCCGAGUUCGUCCCUCGCUGGAAAGCCGAGGGUU